GGAGCUAGAGGGAGACAGUGAGAAGGGCACUGACUGAGCAUAGACACGGCGAGGGGAGCGCCAGUGCGCAUCAAGCUCCGAGAAAGCAGCCGCUUGACUGACUCUCUGCGGCAAGACUAAGAGCAGCAGCAGCAGCAGCAGCGGCGGUGAUAGGACUAAGCAGCGCGCCUUCGUCGCCGGCCGGCUUCAGAGCCUGCCUACCGCCUCCGCUCUCUCCAGCGCGGGACUCCGUCUGGGAAACAGCCGGCCGAUCUCCGGGUCCUGAAGACAAGUUUAAAGAUGGAGGACGUGGUGAUUGCAGGUAUAGCAGGGAAGCUGCCAGAAUCAGAAAACCUGCAGGAGUUUUGGGAGAACUUGAUCAAUGGAGUAGAUAUGGUCACAGAAGAUGACCGGAGAUGGAAGCCAGGAGUUUAUGGACUGCCCAGGAGAAAUGGGAAACUCAAGGACAUCAGCAAAUUCGAUGCCUCUUUUUUUGGAGUUCAUCCAAAGCAAGCUCACACAAUGGACCCUCAACUCCGUAUGUUGUUGGAAGUCUCUUAUGAAGCCAUUUUGGAUGGUGGCAUUAAUCCAACUGCCCUGAAGGGUACAGACACAGGUGUGUGGAUUGGUGUUAGUGGGUCAGAAGCUGGCGAAGCAUUUAGCAUAGACCCUGAACAGUUGCUAGGGUACAGUAUGACUGGCUGUCAACGUGCUAUGUUUGCCAACAGAAUUUCCUACUUCUUUGACUUCAACGGACCAAGUAUGUCUAUUGACACAGCAUGUUCCUCUGGCCUCGUUGCUCUGGACAAUGCUUACAAAGCAAUCUGUAGUGGACAGUGUGAAUCAGCCCUUGUAGGUGGAGUCAAUCUCAUAUUGAAACCCAACACUUCUGUGCAAUUCAUGAAGCUUGGCAUGCUUAGUCCUGAUGGUGCCUGCAAAUCUUUUGAUGCUUCAGGGAAUGGAUAUUGCCGCUCAGAAGCCGUUGUAGUUGUUUUUCUGACCAAAAAGUCAAUGGCCAAACGGAUUUAUGCUACCAUAGUCAAUUCUGGGAGUAACACCGAUGGAUUUAAGGAGCAAGGUGUAACAUUCCCCUCUGGAUGGAUGCAGCAACAGUUGGUCAGUUCUCUGUACAGAGAGUCUGGGAUUAAGCCCGAGGAAGUGGAAUAUGUAGAAGCUCAUGGCACAGGCACUAAGGUUGGAGAUCCUCAGGAAGUCAAUGGCAUUGUCAGUGUCUUUUGCCAACAAGAACGAGAGCCACUCUUGAUUGGAUCCACAAAAUCCAAUAUGGGCCAUCCAGAACCUGCUUCUGGUCUUGCUGCUUUAGCAAAGGUGGUUCUGUCUUUAGAACAUGGUCUGUGGGCGCCAAACAUCCACUACAACACCCCAAAUCCAGACAUUCCUGCCUUACAAGAUGGCCGCAUCCAAGUAGUUACUAAGCCAACCCCCACAAAAGGUCACCUUGCUGGUAUUAAUUCCUUUGGCUUUGGAGGCUCAAAUGCCCAUAUCAUCUUGAGGCCUAAUAAGAAGGAAUCUCUACCCCUGGAGACACAUAACUUGCCACGAUUGGUCCAGUUUUGUGGAAGGACUCAAGAAGCAGUAGAAACAUUAAUAGAGCAGAGCAGAAAUCUGCAAGAGCACACCACAUUUGUGAGCAUGCUCAAUGAUAUCUCUGGGAUACCUGUGUCAUCCAUGCCUUAUAGGGGUUACACCUUGAUUGGCAGCGAGAGUGAUGUGAAGGAAGUUCAGAAUGCUCAGUCCUCAGAGAGACCUCUGUGGUACAUUUGUUCAGGCAUGGGGACACAGUGGAAAGGCAUGGGCCUUAGCCUAAUGAGUCUCGAUCUCUUCCGGCAAUCCAUCUUGCGUUCAGAUGAGGCUCUGAAAGACACAGGUCUAAAGGUGUCUGAUCUACUCCUGAAUGCCGAUGAGAACACAUUUAAUGAUACUGUUAAUGCAUUUGUUGGACUUGCUGCUAUUCAGAUUGCACAGAUUGAUCUAUUAAAGGCCAUGGGUUUGCAGCCUGAUGGGAUAGUUGGCCACUCGGUUGGAGAGCUGGCCUGUGGCUAUGCAGAUAGCUCCUUAAGUCAUGAGGAGGCCAUUCUUGCUGCCUAUUGGCGAGGACGAUGCAUCAAAGAGGCCAAACUACCACCAGGAGGCAUGGCUGCUGUUGGUCUGACGUGGGAGGAGUGUAAGCGCAAGUGCCCUACAGGAGUGGUACCUGCAUGUCAUAACUCUGAAGACACCGUCACUGUUUCAGGGCCUCAGGAGUCUGUGUCCAAAUUUGUGGCCAAACUGAAAGCAGAAGGUGUAUUUGCGAAAGAGGUGCUCAGUGCUGGAGUUGCUUUCCAUUCAUACUACAUGGCGUCCAUUGCACCGGUACUGCUUAAUGCCCUGCAAAAGGUUAUUCCAAAUCCAAAGCCUCGUUCAUCCCGCUGGAUCAGCACCUCCAUUCCUGAAUCUCAAUGGCAGACUGAGCUGGCUCAGAACUCUUCUGCUGAGUACCAUGUGAAUAAUCUUGUGAGCCCUGUCUUGUUCCAGGAAGGCCUCAGGCAUAUUCCAGAAAAUGCAGUCGUAGUGGAGAUCGCCCCACAUGCCCUUCUGCAGGCAAUCCUGAGAAGAGCUUUGAAGCCAACUUGCACCAUUUUACCCUUAAUGAAGAGAGAACAUAAAAGCAACCUGGAGUUCUUCCUGACUCAUGUUGGAAAAAUCCAUCUUACAGGAAUAAAUGUCCUCGCAAACAAUCUGUUCCCAUCUGUUGAAUAUCCUGCCCCAGUGGGGACCCCACUUAUCUCUCCUUACAUUCUGUGGGAUCACAGUCAAACAUGGGAUGUCCCAAAGGCUGAAGACUUUCCAACAGGCUCUGGGGGUUCUGGAGCAGCGACAGUCUACAAUAUUGAUGUGCAUCCUGAAUCUCCUGAUAAUUAUUUGGUGGGUCACUGUAUUGAUGGCAGAGUUCUAUAUCCAGCAACUGGCUACCUGGUCUUAGCCUGGCGCACUCUGGCACGCUCUUUGGGGACCUCCAUAGAAGAAACGCCUGUCAUGUUUGAAGAUGUUACCAUCCAUCAAGCAACAAUACUUCCUAAGAAAGGUUCAACACAACUAGAAGUGAGAUUCAUGCCUGCUUCCCAGUGUUUUGAAGUGUCUGGGAAUGGAAAUUUGGCUGUAAGUGGUAAAAUUUGCCUUUUGGAAGAAACUGCUCUGAAUAACUUCCGCAACCAGCAAAUUGACAGUUUACCAAAUCCUUGUUCAGAAAUCUGCUUAUCUAAGGGGGACAUUUACAAAGAGCUUCGCCUGCGUGGUUAUGACUAUGGGCCAACCUUCCAGGGACUCAUAGAAUCCAGCAAUAAUGGGAAUGCCGGGAAAGUGCUGUGGGAUGGGAACUGGGUGACAUUCCUUGACACCCUGCUGCAUUUGAUCAUCUUGGGGGAAACAGGAAGAAGUCUGCGCUUGCCAACCAGAAUCCGCUCAGUCUGCAUUGACCCCAAACUACACCAAGAGCGUGUACACAAGUACAGCGAUGAGAUUGAAGUUUUUGAUGCUGUCGUGGACCGUUGCCUUGAUACCAUCACAGCAGGAGCUGUUCAGAUCUCAGGUCUUCAUGCUAGUGUAGCUCCUCGACGACAGCAGGAACAGAUCCCGCCCACGCUCGAGAAAUUUGACUUUGUGCCGUAUGCUGAGAGUGGCUGCUUGUCCUCCAAUGCCCAGCUGCAGUCCAGCUUUGAACAAUGCAAAGUGUUGAUCCAAAACGUACAGAAGAAGAUAGCAAAGCAUGGAGUCAAGUUGGCUAUUCCAGGGCUAGAGAGUAUAAAGACCCCUGCACAGACAGAGCCUGGGCAGAAGGGUCUUCUGCACAUACUUGCUGAAAUAUGCCACCUGGAGUUAAAUGGAAACCUCUACUCAGAACUGGAACAGGUUGUAACUAGAGAGAAGCUGCAUCUUCAAGAAGAUCCCCUUCUAAAUGGCUUGCUGGAUUUUGCUGAACUGAAGACAUGUGUAGAUGUAGCACUGGAGAAUAUCACCAGUCGCAAGAUGAAAAUAGUAGAGGCUCUGGCAGGAGAUGGACACUUAUUCUCACGAGUUACAAGUAUUUUGAAUACUCAGCCCAUGCUACAGCUAGACUACACGGCCACUGACCGAACACCAGAUAUCCUGGCAUCAGAAGAGAGCUAUUUGCAGGAAAUUGGUGUUUCCUCUGAUCAAUGGGACCCUGCCACCCCACCUUCUGGAAAUCUAACCAAUGCUGAUCUCCUGGUAUGCAACUGCUCACUAAACCCCUUCAAGAAUCCCGCAGAGGUGCUCUCCAAUAUGGCAGCCACAGUGAAGGAAGGGGGUUUUGUGUUAUUGCACACACUUCUGAAAGGAGAAACUCUAGGAGAAAUAGUCCGUUUCCUCACAUCUCCAGACGUUCAGGAGAAACCAGGGCUUCUGACUCAGGUAGAAUGGGAGGACGUAUUUAGCAAAGCCAGUCUGGAUUUGGUUGCUGUGAAAAGAUCCUCCUUUGGUGCAGCCAUUUUCUUAUGCCGCCGGCCUGCUCCUGCCAAGAAAGUUAUUUUCCUACCUGUGGAUGAAACACAUUACAAAUGGGUGGAAACUUUAAAGGAAAUGUUAGCAGAAUCUUCUGAAGACUCUGUGUGGCUAACGGCUACUAGCUGUGGUACUUCAGGAAUUGUUGGCAUGGUGAAUUGCUUACGCCAAGAGCCUGGGGGCCACAGGAUCAGGUGCCUUUUUGUUUCCAACCUGAAUGCUUCUUCUCCAAAGCUUUCCACCAGCCCAUCUGCCAAGGAAAUGCAGAAGAUUCUCCGUGGAGAUCUGGUGAUGAAUGUUUAUCGUAAUGGAAAGUGGGGCUCUUUCAGACAUCUCCAGUUAAAACAAGCUCAACCUGAAGAGCUAACUGAAUAUGCAUAUGUCAAUGUAUUGACACGUGGAGAUCUUUCCUCCCUUCACUGGAUUGCUUCCCCACUUCGCCAUUUCAACACAACCAAUCCCAAUGUCCAACUCUGCAAGGUCUAUUAUGCAUCUCUCAAUUUCCGUGACAUUAUGUUGGCUACAGGAAAACUCUCCCCAGAUGCCAUCCCAGGAAACUGGGCACUGCAACAAUGCAUGUUGGGAAUGGAAUUCUCAGGAUGUGACCUGAAAGGAAACAGAGUGAUGGGACUGCUACCAGCUAAAGGAUUGGCUACAGUUGUAGACUCCGACAAAAGGUUCCUAUGGGAAGUGCCACAAAACUGGACUCUAGAAGAAGCAGCCUCUGUGCCAGUGGUCUAUGCCACUGCUUACUAUGCCUUGGUGGUUCGAGGUGGGAUGAAGAAGGGUGAGAGUGUGCUCAUCCAUUCGGGCUCAGGUGGUGUGGGCCAGGCAGCCAUUGCUAUUGCCCUGAGCAUGGGCUGCCGUGUCUUUGCUACUGUAGGCUCUAAAGAGAAACGUGAAUAUCUGCAAGCUAGAUUCCCUCAACUUGAUGCAAGUAGCUUUGCCAGUUCUAGAAAUACCUCCUUUGAACAACAUGUACGGAGAGUCACCAAUGGUAGAGGUGUCGACUUGGUGUUAAACUCCUUGGCAGAAGAGAAGCUCCAGGCCAGUCUGCGUUGCCUUGCUCGACAUGGCCGCUUCUUGGAAAUAGGCAAAUAUGACCUGUCCAACAAUACACCCCUUGGCAUGGCCCUUUUCCUAAAGAAUGUAGCUUUCCAUGGGAUCCUACUAGAUGCCAUUUUCGAGGAGGGAAACAGAGAGUGGGAGAUAGUAUCAGACCUACUUAAGAAGGGCAUAAAAGAUGGUGUGGUAAAACCUCUGCACACUACGGUCUUCAACAAAGAAGAGGUAGAAGCUGCCUUCAGAUAUAUGGCACAAGGGAAGCACAUUGGAAAAGUCGUGAUAAAGGUCCAUGAAGAAGAGAAGAAAUAUCCCAUAAAGGAAGUUAAAUUAUCCCAGCUCCCUGCCAUCUCUCGAACUUCUUGCCCACCUAACAAGUCAUAUAUCAUCACAGGAGGCCUUGGAGGAUUUGGGCUGGAGCUAGCUCAAUGGCUAGUUGAAAGAGGAGCAAAAAAUCUUGUACUGACGUCUCGUUCUGGCAUCCGAACUGGUUACCAGGCCAAACGAGUCCAAGAAUGGAAGCAGCUGGGAGUUGAAGUUCUAGUGUCAACCAGUGAUGUCGGGACUCUGGAGGGGACACAACAUUUAAUAAAAGAAGCUUCACAGCUUGGGCCAGUUGGGGGCAUCUUCAACUUGGCUAUGGUCCUGAAAGAUGCCAUGCUGGAAAACCAGACCUCCGAACUUUUCCUUGAAGUCAACAAACCCAAGUAUCUAGGCACACUGAAUCUGGACCAGGUGACUCGUCAAAAGUGUACAGAAUUGGAUUACUUUGUGGCUUUCUCUUCAGUAAGCUGCGGAAGAGGAAAUGCCGGGCAGAGUAACUAUGGCUUUGCCAACUCUACCAUGGAGCGCAUCUGUGAACAGCGACGGCAUGAUGGGCUUCCAGGUCUAGCUGUACAGUGGGGUGCUAUUGGUGAUGUGGGUAUCGUCUUGGAGACAAUGGGCAGUAAUGAUACUGUGGUUGGUGGAACGCUGCCCCAAAGGAUCAGCUCCUGCUUGGAAGUCCUAGACCACUUCCUCAAUCAGCCUCACCCUGUCAUGUCCAGUUUUGUCCUGGCAGAAAAAGUGGUGACAAGAAGCAAUGAGGGUAGCCAGCGAGACCUUGUAGAAGCUGUUGCUCACAUUCUUGGUGUUCGUGAUGUGAACAGUCUGAAUGCUGACACCUCACUGGCUGAUCUUGGUCUGGAUUCCUUGAUGGGGGUAGAAGUACGCCAAACCCUGGAGAGGGACUAUGAUAUUGUCAUGCCAAUGAGAGACGUCAGAUUGCUCACCAUUAACAAACUACGGGAACUUUCUUCCAAGCCUGGGACCACAGAAACAUUAUCCCAUGAGACAAAAGGUGGUCAGGCUGAGCAAUCCACAAUGGACUUGAAUAACCUGUUAGUUAAUCCAGAUGGACCCACCAUCUUGCAACUCAAUGAAGUGCAGAGCACAGAGCCUCCUCUCUUCCUCAUUCACCCAAUUGAGGGAUCCCUCACAGUUUUCAACACCCUUGCCUCUAAGCUCAGCAUACCCAUCUAUGGACUUCAGUGCACUAAAGCUGCUCCUCUGGACAGUAUACAGAGCCUGGCAUCCUAUUACAUUGGCUGCAUAAAACAAGUGCAGCCAGAAGGCCCCUAUCGGAUUUCUGGGUAUUCCUUUGGUGCCUGUGUAGCCUUUGAAAUGUGCUGUCAGCUACAAACUCAACAGAAUCCCUCCCACUUGCCCAACAGCCUCUUCCUUCUUGAUGGUUCCCACUCCUAUGUAGCAGCACACACUCGGAUCUACCGAGCCAAACUAACCCCAGGUAAUGAGGCUGAAGCAGAGACUGAAGCAUUGUGUGCCUUUGUUCAGCCAUUCACCACCAUGGAGUACAAUAAGUUGCUGGAAAUUCUUCUGCCACUUCCAUGCCUGGAAGCUCGUGUAAGGACUGCUGUGGGGCUGAUAACUCAGAACCACAAAGACCUCAGCCAUGAAGCACUCACUUUUGCUGCUGCUUCCUUUUACUACAAACUUAAGGCAGGAGAUGAGUAUGUACCAGAGUGCAAAUACCGUGGAAAUGUGACGCUACUGAAAGCAAAGACCCACAAUGAGUAUGGGGAAGGCCUUGGGGGAGACUACAAACUUUCAGAGGUUUGUAAUGGAAAGGUAUUUGUCCACAUUGUUGAAGGAGACCAUCGCACCUUACUGGAAGGAAGUGGUGUCGAGUCAAUUAUUCGGAUCAUUCACAGCUCACUAGCAGAGCCUCGGGUCAGUGUUCGAGAGGGUUAGAUACUUCAGAAACUCUACUGUCACUGGCAGAGAGAAUUCAGUGCUAAUCCUUAUGACAACCCCAAGGAACUCUUCCUGUAAUCUACCAUAUCAUCUGCUCUGAAGCCAGAUCUAGGAAGUCCCACUGACCAGCAUCAACUCUCUUCAGUGCAAUGACAUUAUCGUUGCACUAUUGCACAGACCUACAUUGAUGGCAAGAAUUUACACUAUUUGGCAGUAUGAAAAAAAAAUCUUAGGAGCAGGCUCUUUUUUUUUUGUCUUGUGCUAUGUAUUGUAUUGUAUUGUAUUAUUGUCUAGAAGUAUUCCAAAGGAUAAGUGAAACUAACCAAGCCUAGUGAGCAAAGAGGGAAGCUGCAACUGAUUUUGGAGACACAUUUGUCUGUGAAGAGUCAGCCUGUAGCAGUAUCAGAAAGUUAAUUCAACUGAGGCUUUUUGUAACUAUUAUUUCUAAUUUGAAAUAUUUUAGAUAUUUAUUGCAUUGUUCCUUUGCUAGAGGCUCCCAGUUUUAAUUUAGCAUUGACUAAAUGAAAUUGAUAAAAUAUUCCAUUACGGAGUUGUUGUUUUUUCCUUGCCAACCAAAAUUCAUCUUUUGAACUUUGUGGUCAUUUGCGGUGGAAGAUUGUUCACAAUAUUCUGUAGAGUGUUCCCUUUCUCUGUAGAGGGGUGAAGUUGAUUCUGCUUGAUGAGACUCUGAUCCAAGGGACUGGUGGUCUUGAGGCACAGACAAUGUGUGCUUCGUAGCAGAAGUUGGGAUCAAAACAUCCGGCAUCUAUCCGGGGAAUACAGACUAGGUUUCUGUGCUGCCCACCCUAAUUGCCUUCCCAAAUAUCCACAUACUUUCAAAGCAGCUUCUUCAUUCCCCUAUUUGUAACUUGAAGGAUUUGCUGUGAUUCCGAUUUCGCAGGGCGUCUUGUUGACAAGAACCCAGUUUAACUGUCACAGCUGAACUACCCCACCCCCUGCCACUUUUUUAAAAAAAGCUCUCCAGUGGCUAUCAAUAUCUCCCUAAAGCCCCUUUGUAAAACAAAGACAAAACCCUGGAAUUUAGUAAGCCUUUUCUUGCCUCUUCUGUGUUGGAUAUGCUUGUAGGGAAUCAACACAUCUUUGCUGCACCAAUGAUACGGAGGAGAUCCAUUGAGCAACCAGCAUUAGGUAGACUUGCUGUGCCUCUCCAAACUGCUUAGAACCCAGUUUACUUGCUGGAUGAUCUUACCAGUAUUGGGGCAUAGCCACUGGACACACUUUCCAUACUUGCUGGGAACUAGAUGGCUAAGUCAUCCUCUGUGGACAAGUAGCUGGAUGAUUGGUGUUAGUUUUUAAUUUUAAGGGAAAAAAUUCCUUUGUGAAAUCUGAAGUGUAAAAUGAAAUCAUUUUCAGAUGAAUCCUAUUUUCUUCAUUUUUAUGUUCCUUUGGUGAAAAAGCUCUGGAGUGUCUUUCUUCUUUGGCUCUCCUGGAAUUAAAUGCAACUUAAACUCUG